GAGGAGUGGAUGACCUCAUUCAGGGGCAGACUGAAAGGGAGGGGAAGUAAGAGAGGGAGAGAAAAUGGAAGCAGUCUGCUAUACAUUUUUUUUCUCCACACACAAACUUUCAAAAAGAGAAAAGACGAUAAGAGCCGAUGACGAUCAACCGAUUGGGAAUGAGAGCGAGAGAUAAAGAAAUAGGGAGGAAUAACACUAACCUGACACUGAGUAUACUGCACAACUGAUGAGAACAUAAAAUAUUACGUGUUUGAGGCCUUGAGGCCUUUAUUGACCAAGGAGAGAAAGCAGGUGGCCACUUCUGGUCCUGGAGGGUUGCAGUGUGUGCAGGCUUUUAUUCCAACCCUCAGAGCCCUGACAGAGUGAGCAUGUCUUCUAACUUGGACUCCAGUCUAACCAGCAUAGACUGGCUCCCCCAGCUGGGAAUCAGCUCACUGCGAUCAGGAAGAGAGAGAGGAGGAGAAGAGGGGGAGAGAAAGAAAGAGAGAGGGAGGGAGAGAAGUGAUCUUCCUCCAUCCAUCCCUGUCCCCUUUCCUUCCUCUGGAUCCAAAGCCAAGCCCCCUCACAGCUAUGCCACCCUCAUCGCCAUGGCGAUAGGUGCCGCCCCCGGCAGGAAGUUGAGUUUGAAUGACAUCUACAUGUGGAUCAGUGACAUGUUCCCCUACUACAGCAGAUCUGCCAGAGGAUGGAAGAACUCCAUCCGACAUAACCUGUCCCUCAAUAAAUGCUUCCGGAAGGUUCCUCGACCCCAAAGUGACCCUGGGAAGGGUUCCUAUUGGAUGAUGGACGGCCCCUCAGAGCCCAAUCCGCUGAAAGGAACCAAGCGUCCGUAUCCAGCUGAAGAGGAGGAGGGGUCCAUCCAGGUCCCCAAUGUCUCAGUGAUGCAGGCAGAGAAACAGCAUUCACCCCAGACAGACCAUUAUAGGUCUUUAGCAUCGCCACAGACAGACCAUUAUAGGUCUUUAGCAUCUCCACAGACAGACCAUUAUAGGUCUUUAGCAUCUCCACAGACAGAACAUUAUACGUCUUUAGAAUCGCCACAGGAACCCAGUCAACAACUAUCCCCCCCACCAUGCAAGGUAGAGUAAGUUCAGUCCCAACAAAUGUAUCCAGUAGAUUGAUAAAGAUCAUGGGUUUUACAACCAGAUAAUAAGCUGUUGUUGUCUAUCACCUUGGUUCCACAGCAGCGGCCACCCUAUAUGCAGUCCCCUGUCUCCUCUCUUCCUGUCCCCCAUGAUACUGUCUCCCCAUCUACUGCCUCUGCUACUCUCCCCUCUCUUUCUAUCCCUCAUUCUCUCCCCUCUCUUUCUGUCCCUCACUCUCUCCCCU